AUGAAGCGCGUAACUGAACCUGUUCGAAAGAGCCUGUUGGACGUAAUCAGGAAAAAUAUUCGUGCUGCCGGUAAGGUGAGGAUCUAGUUUAAUUUAAUUACUGUUUAUCUAAUUUAUUCACGUAAGAUAUCAGAAUAAUACCAUUUUAUGCAUUUUUAUCAAAGUGCGAAUAAAUUGAAUAUUCUCGUUACUUUGCUUGCAAAUGCCAAUUUAUAUCGAAGCGCCAUCUACUCCGUGUUAUGAUGAAACGAUAAUUCAAAUUUUUGAAUCUACAUGUAUUGAAACAAUAUAAAAAUGAUGUAUUUAUUUGCAGGUUUCGUAUAUAACACGCGUGGUAUAUAUCGGAGAAUAUACCGGUACAAAUUCGAGUAUAGAAAAGGUAUGGAAUUAAUAGAGUUAGUAUAAAUUAAAGUAAUUCAUAAAGGCCAAAGAUUUUCCUAUUACUCGUUUGAAAAACAUAAUUUCCAGAAAAUGGAAUCUAUGGUAGAAGACUUACAAGCAGAUUAUGCGAAUAAUUGCAUCAGUGGAUUAUUCUUGGUUUAUCCGGGUUAUUAUAUUCAUGUAUUAGAGGCACCAGAGGAUAUAAUUUAUAGGCAUUUCAAAUUGUUGUACAGUAACGAGAGCGAGGAUUGGAAAAUAGGGAAAGCAAUUUUUCUUCCAACUUAUCAUCAUGUUCAUCAGAGAUUCUUUACGAGAUGGUACCACGCAUACACAGUACCACCCACUUUGCUACAGCCAUUAAAGUCGUAUGAAUUGAGUGAUAUUCAGCAGCAUAUGUCAAUUUGCUUCAAUAAGAUAUAUACGUUGUGUCAUCAUAUCUCGAAUACGGAUCGCGAUCAUUUCGUUCCGAUGCAAGAAGUUAUAAGAUCGUUGGGUGACAAGCUUACGCGACUUUAUCCUGAGAGCACGUUGUUAGAGUAUUUACUGAAUGCAAAAAGCCCUGUGCUUUUAACCGUUGAAAAAUAUUUGGACAUGUACGCCUCGGUUCCGCUAAUCAACCUGUAUUCAGGUAAUAAUGUUACUUUUGUAUUUAUAAUUUCUGUAUUUCCUUGUUAAUAAUUUAUGUGUAAAAUUUUUAGUACAGUUUUUAAUGAAGUUCUUUUUAUUAAAAAAAAAAGAAGCGGUGGUUGAAUAAAAACGAUUAUUUAUUUCAGAGUAUUUACAAUAUCAAAAAAACGUCUCUUUUUAUGGGGUACAUGAAAUUUGUGUCAGAUAUCGCUAA